AUGCGAUUGUUCCCUCUGUUUGCUCUGGUUGCCUGUCUCGUGCCUGGCUGGUCUGUCUCAGCUGAAAUUCUUGCCCCGGAGCGUCAUGGGCUUGGAGGCCUUGUUGUGAGAGAGGCAACUCCGAGUACUGCAACGGCCACAGAAACCUUUAGCGAUACGACAGCAGCGAGCGUGACGAAUCAUGCGGCAGCAAAGGUCAAUUCCACAACCACUUCAAAUGCCACUGCUCCAGCUUCAACAACUACAGCGGCUCUAAAUGGCAAGAAUUCGACAGAUCCCGAUGCUCUUCCGAUCCAGCCUACCGUCACGCCUGCCCUGGGCAUCGGUGGAUUUCUUCUCCUUGUCACGGGAGCAGUUCUUGCACUGAUUGGAAUUCGCAAUUUGAGAGUCCAAGUUUUUCUGUCCACUGCUUUUCUUACUGGUCUUGGAGUAACGGUUCUUAUUGUCUAUGUCAUGAGCCCUCCUGUACGAGUUGCUAUUCAAGGGGCGUAUCUUGUUGCUAUAUUCUUUACCGGCAUUACAUUCGGUGCACUUGCGAUUGUAUUCAAAGAGCUAACCGAGGGCCUUGGCUGCCUGCUCGGGGGCUUUUGCAGUAGCAUGUGGCUGCUAUCUCUGAAACCUGGGGGCCUUUUCACAGGCACCAAUGCCAAAAGCGGGUUCAUCGGCGCAAUCUCGGUCGCAUUCUACGCCAUGUCCUUCAGUCACCAUACUCGCCCUUACGGGCUGAUUGUGUCAACCGGUAUCUCAGGUGGUACAGCUGUUGCGCUCGGAAUUGACUGUUUUAGCCGGGCUGGAUUGAAAGAGUUUUGGCUCUACAUAUGGGGCCUCAACGACAAUAUUUUCCCGCUGGGCACGGACACAUAUCCGAUUACUCGGAAUAUUCGUGUGGAGCUUGCUGCCACAGUUAUUAUUGCUAUCUUGGGCGCAGUCUCUCAGCUGAGGCUAUGGAAAGUGGUCAGAGAACGUAGACGACGAGAGAAAGAAAAGCGCGAUGACGAGCAGAGAAAGAAGGAGGAAUCUGAGGCUGAGCUCGGACGAAGACUGGAAGAGGAUAAUAUUCAGGAGCGCAAAGACUGGGAAGCAAAGUACGGUGACGCUAAGCCGACGUCGAGCAAGUCGGAGUUCGCGGAUGACACAAAGUGCCAUGCGGACGAGGUGGAUGCUAUGGAGAAGGGAGAUGCCUAUGACUCGAAAAGCAUGGCCAACUCCUCCGAUUGCUCCUAUCGCUGCUCCGAUUGCAGGGAAAGAGAGGCGAACGAAGAUGGCGUGUCAGAUGCGACGGGAGCGACUGAAGGUGCUCAUGACUGGGAACAGGCUGGCACGGCCAAAGAAACAUCCGACAAGAUCCAUGAAGAGAGUGGUUCGCUUCCCAUCAAAGUUUUCGAUGGUGCAGCUGCAGCCCAAAUCAAAGACGACAAAAGCUCUGAUAUGACGGCCGUCAUUGGUUCGGAUACUGCGACAAUACGAUCAAAGAGGGCAUCCGGGGCAUCUUGCAUGCCGCAGGGUUCUCGAAGCAAUGAUCUACCCCUGUCUCAGUCCCAGGAGGCCUUGGUUUCUGUUGACGAUGGAACUUCAUCUGUGCAUAGCACCAUAGAUGAGGGUGUAGACCCGGAUUCUGAUGGUCUCAUCGCACAGGGUGAAAGCCGUGGGUGUACGAAGGACAUUCCUGAGUCGGAUGAGCAUCCUCCCGUCGGUGACGCCGAACGACAGCAGGCAGAACCCGAGCAAGGCUCUCAUGACAAGCAGACACAUAUGCUGAACAACGUGAAUGAGGCAAUCAUCCAGAAAGGCAAGGAAACCCAGCCUACGGCAGUCAGCACAACGGAACCCAAGAAAGUCGAGGAUAAAGAGGGCUUCGAUCCGGAUUCGCAUAGCAUAGCUUCGGAAGUGGCAUUGACUGUGGUGAAUCAUGGGACUCCUGGACAAAAUUCAGAUGUCAUCGCGGGCCAGGAAAAGAGUGAUGGUCUCUCGUCACCCCCAGAUGAACCUCCAAUCGAGCCAGUAGGUGAAGAAGGGAAACCGUCCGCAUGCGUUCCCAAAACCGGAGACACUGGGGAACAGGACUCGGAAGACCACAACUGUGAUCAGCCCCAGACUGGAGAGCCUGAAAAACCCAACACUGCCCCUGAUGGACAGAAUCAAAGAUCCCAUGGAGAAUCAAUUUCACCACUGGCAUCAUCUCAGAAGGAAAACGAGAACAAACGAGAAGCUAGCCGUGGCAAAUGCAAGUCUCCUGAGCCGCAACCUAGAAUUGAACCGGAGCCGACAAAAGAAGAGCCCCCCAAGCUGAACGAGGAGACAGUGAAAGAUCUUCCCAAACGAACAUCAAGAGUGGUCCAGUCCUAUCGCACAAACGAGUGGGCGAAACACCUGGCCGACGCCGAGGCUCCCGAGCUGGAACCCAUCAAGCCAAUCGAAGAAGAACAACCAGAAUCUUCCCCCGAAGUCGAGGAAGCUGCGGUGCCGGUCAAUGUACUGGAACUGCUACAGACACCGUUGAAUGCACAGCCUCCGCCCGCUGUAGAGCCUCGCGUCCGAGAUCCACCAAGCAGACGUGGUAGUCAUCGGAUCUCCAGCGGGUCUCAGCUGCAUCUAUGUUCCCACACCGAUCAGUUGAAGAAGGCCUCUCAGUCGCCUCUUCCUACUGCCCAACCACGGUUCAGCAAUGCUUAUUCCAUGAGCACCCUGUUCGGGAAUCCCGCAGCAAUCGAACAACCCCAAGAGGACGCCGAGGCCGCUAAGCCUCAAUGGAAAGGGCCUGCCCCCCUGAUAGCAGUACGAGAGGACAUGAUGCGAAAUCGACUGUCAUCAUACUCGCUCAGCAUAGAUCCGUUCUCGCGAAACAAUCCAGGACAACCGCCAACCGAAGGAUUGCGGAGAUCUUCUACAUGCCGAAUCCGUGACGAGGCGGACGACAUGCCGCUGUCUCAACGUCGCGCAAUGCUAUACCAACAGACAGUCCCAAGCCCACUGCCGGCACAUGCGCCCUACUCGACAUCGAGACGGAGCCAAGGACACGGGCCAUCCCCCACCAAUACACCAGCAGCAAUGGCCGCAUGGCGAGAAUCCGUUCAAGAAGACCUGAAGGAUAAACGUAACCCUCUUGCCAAGCAGAACAACUCCAUGGUCCCUCCAGGGCAGGAUCGAAACCCACCCCCUUAUAGUCAAUCGCAAAGGCACUCAAUCCAUAUCGGAAACGCGAUUGCCGAAGGCAUGCAGCGCGGGGACAUGAGCGAAUUGCAUCGAGAAGCCAUGCGACGGAUGCAAGCCAAGGCAAACAAAAAUGCGAGAGAGGCGUGAGACAGUACUGGUAUUGUCGUCGACCAACAACCCCAACCGCAACACCCAUUUGAGAUAUUAUUCCGCUAGUAUAGACCUCCCGAGGGCCCAGUCUACAAAAGGACAACAGAUGUGUCUGGCUCAUGCAUGUCCGAAAAGCCUUUAUGUAUAUCAACAGAGGGUCACUAAUAUCACUGACUAGGACCUAUG